AGCGGGAACCUGCAAAGAAGCAUGAAAUGGAAGAUUAUGUUCCAUGGCGUUCCUUUACGGCGCAGCAGGCGCAGCAGGCGCAGCAGGGCGACUACGUGAAGGUGGUAUCCCCUGCAUGCUAUCCCAUUCGCUCAAAGCAUUUGCCUCAAAACCCGUGCUGCGAAAGAACAGGUUGCUGUGAAGAUGGCAAAGCCAAAGUGGUUGAUGGGCGAAACGUGACAUGGACCUCUGAUACUGAGCUGGUCAUUGUGGCUCCGCUGGUGACGAACCGGAAGCACCACAGACGGGACUCCAAAAGAUCAAAUCUAUCAUGGAUUACCAAUCAGUCCAUUUUUCCGCACGUCUUGUGCCCUUAUUGCACCGUGGAACGACAGCCACUCUGCGCGGUGAAAACGCAUCAAGGUUUUGAGGCUUCGGUCUACUUGGCCUUCAUCGUCUAUAACUUUGAUCGCUUGCCAAGGACCGUGGCCUUUGUUCAUGGUCACCCAUGGAUACAACAUCACAAAGCGCCAAUAGCCGGAUGUACCAACUGGGCACGACUGUUGCGACUGCGACCGUUCUUAAACGAAGACAUUUUCGUGUAUUUGCAGGGUUCGAGUUGGUUUGGCCGCGUCAACUUGACCAAUUCAAAACCAAUAUGGGAGAAUGUCUUAGGCUUGCCAUUUCCUGACGUCCAAGCAUCAACAUUCCAUGUUGGUCCGCACAUUGUGGUGGGCCGCAACAAGAUCCGAUCACGCCCCAAAGAACUGUACGAGAGACUCUUUGCCUAUGCUCGAGGGGACGACUAUCCUGGAUCGGAUCUGAGCGUGGAUGAAGAUGGAAAGGCCUUUGGAAACGGGCACAUCGCUGCCGGAGACUUCAGUCUGGAGAUCUGGUGGAAUUUGAUUUUUAAUCAGAAUCAGUCCUGGCAACAUCCUGAUGACCCGAAGGGCUUGCGAUGCAAACUGGGUUGGUGCCACGACAAGCAAUGUUGACAUGUCAGGUCUUCUAGCCUUUCCAGAGGUCACCGACCUCGCGUUAGGGUACGUCUUCAUUACGAAAGUUAUCUUCUAAUGACGAAAGAAGUUCUUUAAUUACGAAAACACAUCAAUCAUCUAAUUGCGAAAAGAACCC